AUGAAUCGACACCAUUGCAACUUGAACUAUCGGCUUCCAUUCCGAGCCGAUGCUGAAUGUAAAGACAUCCCUGUUACUGGAACUAUCGGCUCCAAUAAGGCAUUCGCCUCUGACUGUAGCAACAUCCUCGCAACAGGAACUAUCGCCUACCCCACCUCAGUCGAUGUUGACUGUAGGGACAUUAUCGCAAGCGGAACUAUCGCCUACCCAACGUCAGUCGAUGCUGACUGUAGCAACAUCCUCACAACAGAAGCUAUCACCUACCCAACUCGGGUCGAUGCUGGCUGUAGCAACAUCCUCACAACCGGAGCUAUCACCAACCCAACUCGGGUCGAUGCUAACUAUAGCAACAUCCUCACAACCAGAACUUUCUGCUACUCCACUUUAGUCGAUGCUGACUGUAGCAACAUCCUCACAACAAAAGCUAUCACCUACCCAACUCGGGUCGAUGCUGACUGUAGCAACAUCCUCACAACCGGAACUUUUACCAACCCAACUCGGUCUAUGCUGACUGUAGCAACAUCCUCACAACCAGAUAUUUCUGCUACCCAGUUUGAAGUCUAUGCUGAAUGUAGCAACAUCAACACAACCAGAACUUUCUGCUUCCCCACUUUAGUCGAUGCUGACUUCAAUGCUGACUGUUGCAACAUCCUCACAACCACAACUUUCUGCUACCCAACUUCAGUCGAUGCUGACUGUAGCAACAUCCACACAACCAGAACUUUCUGCUACCCAACGUCAGUCAAUGCUGACUGUAGCAACAUCAUCACAACCAGAACUUUCUUCUACCCAACUACAGUCGAUGCUGACUGUAGCAACAUCCACACAACCAGAACUUUCUGCUACCCAACUGUAGGGGAUGCUGACUGUAGCAACAUCCUUACAACCAGAACUUCCUGCUACCCAACUUUAGUCGAUGCUGACUUUAGCAACAUCCUCACAACCAGAACUUCCUGCUACCCAACCUCAGUCGAUGCUGACUGUAGCAACAUCCUCACAACCAGAACUUUCUGCUACCCAACUUCAGUCGAUGCUGACUUUAGCAACAUCCUCACAACCAGAACUUUCUGCUACACAACUUCAAUCGAUGCUUACUGUAACAACAUCCUCACAACCAGAACUUUCUGCUACACAACUUCAGUCGAUGCCGACUUUAGCAACAUCCUCACAACCAGUACUUUCUGCUACACAACUUCAGUCGAUGCUGACUGUAACAACAUCCUCACAACCAGAACUUUCUGCUACACAACUUCAGUCGAUGCCGACUUUAGCAACAUCCUCACAACCAGAACUUUCUGCUACACAACUUCAGUCGAUGCCGACUUUAGCAACAUCCUCACAACCAGAACUUUCUGCUACACAACUUCAGUCGAUGCUGACUUUAGCAACAAUCUCACAACCAUAACUUUCUGCUACCCAACUUCAGUCGAUGCUGACUGUAAUAACAUCCUCGCAAUUAGAACUUUGUGCUAG